AUGCCGACGAAAGGCGCUUUCACGCUUCCCCCACCUCAUGUCCGCGAGGCCAUGAUACGGUGCUACUUUCACUAUGUUCACCCAUUUGCGCCAAUCCUAGAUGCAAGCGAGUUCAUCACCGAGUAUGAGAAGGGAAGGAAAAGCCUGCUGUUGCUCUGGAGCAUGUUCAUCGCGGCCGCGAGUUUUGUUGACGACAGCCUCUUGACGGAAGAUUUCUUUCCGUCGCGAAGGGCUCUGAAACGGGCCAUGUACCAACGAGCCAAGGCUUUAUACGACGCAGAUUAUGAAAAGGAUAAGGUGACUCUCAUCCAGUCAGUCUUCUUGAUGGGCCACUGGUACACCAGCACAGACGACAGGGCCGGACCAUGGCACUGGAACGGCAUCGCCAUCAGUCUCUCCCACACGAUCGGUCUUCACCGUCUGCACAUGCCCGCGAAUCAACAGGCCUCACAAGGGACCAAGCCAUUCUGGAGACGUCUCUGGUGGUCUUUCUACUCCCGCGAGGUGUGGCUUUCCCUGGGACUCGGCAGACCGAUGCGCAUAGCCCUUGAUGACUUUGAUACGUCAAUGCCGGUCGCUAGCGAUGCCGAUGUCCUGGCGCCUGAGGUCAAGGGCCAACUUGGCCGGAAGUAUCUUCCUGAAGAGAUGCAGUUUCUCUUUGAUACCUGGCUGGCCUUUAUUGGGUUGAGUGUCGCCCUUAGUAGUGUUCUUGCGACGAAUUAUCGGGCCAAGGGUGUCAAGCCGUCAAGGAUAGAGAUUGAGCAGAGCGAAAAUCAAAUCCGAGGUUUUCAGUACAGGGUGCCUGAAGCUGGAAGUCACAGUCGAGUCGUCGCGUCACAUAUCUACCAGUUCAAGCUUUACUUCGAAACAUCAAUCAUCGUGCUUUAUCGGCCUUUCAUACUUGAUACCCCAAGAGAGAUCCCGGCAGCAGACCAAGGAAGCUGGAGAGCCUUUGCAUGCCAAAAGACGAGGACCGCCGCGUCCAACGCAAGCGCAGCGAUGAACUCGAUGAUGGCAGAAGACCUGAUCCGACUAUGCCACACAAUCACAGUCAUCGCCCUAGUCCCGCCAAUGCAAAUCCACCUCUUCGAAUCAACCUCAUCAAAACAAAUGGCACGCCAGAUGGGCAGACACAACCUCGCCCUCUGCAUGGUCGCCAUGGACGAGAUGCGCAAGUCCUACAUCUCGGCGGACGCGUCAUACAAGCUCUUUGAAACGGCCAUCAACAAGGUCGACAACGCGCCGCCUCACGAGCAGCAUCAACCUUCUCCGGCUGCUGCCGCCUUGACACCGGAUACGAGCGCGUUCGCGAGUUGGCCAGAUGGGUAUGGCCUAGGCACCGCAGGCAUCAUAUCGGAUAUGUGGAGUCCACUGCCGAAUGCAUACGCUGAUAAUGCCUCAAUAUCGGGAACCCAGUGA